AUGUCAUCGGGAACCUACGCACAACGCGUCAAUAACUUUUCUCAAAAUAAAGUUGCACGCAAGUUACUAGAAACUAUUGAACAGAAAAAGACAAAUUUGUGCGUAGCCGUUGACUUGACGAAGAAACGACAAAUAUUGGAGGUGGUAGAGAAGGUGGGGCCGUAUGUUUGUUUGAUCAAGACUCACAUUGACAUUAUCGAAGACUUUGAUCAAGGAUUCAUCGAUGAACUAUGUAUACUGCAAGCUCGAUUCAAUUUUUUAAUAUUCGAGGACCGAAAAUUUGCUGAUAUUGGGAAUACAGUAAAACUACAAUACUCUUCGGGAAUUUACAAAAUAGCCGAAUGGGCACACAUCACAAAUGCACAUCCAAUACCCGGCGACGGGAUUAUCAAAGGACUAAAAGAGGUUGGCAAACCGCUAGACCGUGGUCUACUGAUCCUUGCCGAGAUGUCGUCGGCCGGCAGUUUGGCCACUGGUUCAUACACGGAUGCAGCGAUAGAAAUGGCACGUAGACAUCGAGAUUUUGUGAUUGGAUUCAUUGCUGGAAGAAAAUUGACUGGUGACAGGUUGGGACAACAGUAUCGUAGUCCUACGGAUGUUAUUUUGAAGUCUGGAAGUGAUGUUAUCAUUGUUGGACGUGGGAUUUAUGGAGAAGGUCGUGAUAUUGUUAAAGAGGCGAAAAGAUAUCAGGAAGAAGGCUGGAACGCAUAUUUAGAGAGGUUAAAAUUGGAAAAGUAA